AUGAACUUCGAGCGUUCGCCUUUGGAUUUUCAAUUCCUAGCCCCGGACUUCUCCUCUUUCUGGAGGUUUGAUAAAAAGGAGUUCGGAGAUGUCGAAGACGAAGAGGAGGGCGUGGGUCAGCAUUCGGCCGACGAGGAAGUCGUAGUUGAGGAACCGUGUCUCAGGACUCACGAACCAAGCGAUGAACUAUGUAACGUCGAUGGUGCUUAUAGAGAUAUGCUCUAUACCACGGGUGUUCUUCAAACUAAGAUGUGGCAUGCCAAGAGAACGGCUCUCGGAAUCGGAGCUGCGCAGAUUCGUGAAGCAUUUACGACAGCACAGGUACCUCUUGUCAUUGAUGCGUACAUGGUAGGCCUGAAAGCUGUCUUUGCAAUCACGCUUGCUGCGUUCGGCAUUGCUACCCUAGUUGGUUUCAUGGGCCAUUGGAAAAGGCUUCAGAUGAGCGAAUUGAAGAAAACAGCAGGGGGUGCAGCAUAG